CCUGGGCGGCUGGCAGAGGGGAGGGCGGAGAGUCGCCGGGGACUGGAGCAUGGGACGGCGCGCCUGAAGAGCUGAGGUGAGGACGGGGCCUGGGACCCCGAAAGGAAGAGAGGAAAGAAAGGCGCACGAGAGCAAAGGAGGAAGAUGCAACUGACCCGCUGCUGCUUCGUGUUCCUAGUGCAGGGCAGCCUCUAUCUGGUCAUCUAUGGCCAGGAUGAUGGGCCUCCCAGCUCAGAGGGCUCUGAGCACGAUGACCAUGAGAGCCAGCCCCGGCCCCGGAUGCCUCGGAAACGGGGCCACAUCUCACCUAAGUCCCGCCCCAUGGCCAACUCCACUCUCCUGGGGCUGCUGGCUCCACCUGGGGAGGGAUGGGGGGUCCUUGGGCAGCCCCCCAACCGCCCAAACCACAGCCCCCCAUCUUCAGCCAAGGUGAAGAAAAUCUUUGGCUGGGGCGACUUCUACUCCAACAUCAAGACGGUAGCCCUGAACCUGCUUGUCACAGGGAAGAUCGUGGACCAUGGCAAUGGGACCUUCAGCGUCCACUUCCGACACAAUGCCACUGGCCAGGGCAACAUCUCCAUUAGCCUUGUGCCCCCCAGUAAAGCUGUAGAGUUCCACCAGGAGCAGCAGAUCUUCAUUGAAGCCAAGGCCUCCAAAAUCUUCAACUGCCGAAUGGAGUGGGAGAAGGUGGAACGGGGCCGCCGGACCUCCCUCUGCACCCACGACCCAGCCAAGACCUGCUCUCGAGACCAUGCCCAAAGCUCAGCCACCUGGAGCUGCUCCCAGCCCUUCAAAGUUGUCUGCGUCUACAUCGCCUUCUACAGCACAGACUAUAGGCUCGUCCAGAAGGUGUGCCCAGAUUACAACUACCACAGCGAUACCCCCUACUACCCCUCUGGGUGACCCUGGGCAGGCCACAGAGGCCAGGCUGGGGCUGGAUGGACAGGCCUGCCCACGCAGGAGGCCAGCUGUCUGAUACUGGGCAGGGCAGGGGAGGGGCCUCAGGCAGGGAGGGGGGUGGAGAGGAGAUGUCAAGUGGGGCCAGGGCCAAGUCUCAAGUGGCAGGGAAGGGCUCGCCAGUGCAGGCCCCAGCCUGAGGUCGUGAAAUGACCGGGACCAAGGAGCACGGCAGGAAGAGUAGGUUCCCUGGGCAGCUCACAGGGCUACCCCACUGAGGGACAGGAAGAUGCUGGGUCCAGGAGGCCCCUGGGGCUUGCAGAUCAGUGUGGCCCCAGUCAAGUCAUGGAGAGAAGCCUAAGGCCUUGGCUCCCUCCUUGCCUUCCUGAGGCAAGAAAAGCAAGGAGAGGGGCUUCAUCAGCACGGACACCAAGCAGGCGACGAAGGAUGGCUGAGAUCUGGCUUCCUGGGAGCCAGCAUGGGUGGGGGGAGUAGGAGGAGCUCUCCAGCCCUGCCCAGUGGGCAGCCCUGAGCCCCUUGUCCUGGACUGCGGACUGCACUCAGCUUGAGGCUGAAGUGGUGACCCUCAGAGUCUUUGAUGACUAUCUGCCCUAGCCAGGCCACCCCUUUCCAAAAUUCCCUUUCCUGCCAUUGCUCCACCCCUCUGCCCACCCUCAUGCUGAUGGGACACCCAUCCUUAAGCUGGGACAGAGGAUGACGUGGUUCUCCCAGCACCAAGGCCAUAGUGGAAGCCCACCCGUGCUCUGCGUGUCCCUCCUCCACCCUACCCGCUGCUGGCUCCUGUGGGAGCGCCUGUGUCCAGCGAGCGAUCCUUCACUAGCCAGCCUCGCCCUUCAGUCUAGGGCUCACCCUCAGAGGGAUGGUGCUGUCCCUCCUGGCCUGUAGGGCCCUCAGUUGGGCUGGGUGAGGCCAGAGUGCAGAGGGCAUGCUGGACCUGUUCCCUAGUGUCUGUCUUGUGGGGUGGGCGUGGGAGGGGGA